UUGCAAAAGCUUGUUCGUCUGAUUGUCGCGUAACGUCCGACGUAUUGCCGACACCAUGGCUUCGAAAGCGCCCUCGAAAUCCGUUGCGCCCCGCCCGAAAGCAAAAAAGACGCCCAUGGACGAUGCUGAAGCGCAAUUGCAAGCCGAAUACGCACAAGCCGCAAACACACAGUAUGGCCGCGGCCAAAAGAUAUCCACCAAAUCAGUAAAGGACAAGAAAUUGCGGGCAAAUUUGCGAGCACUGGAGCAGAAGAACAAGCAGGCGACGCUGCAGGCAAAACAGGCGGAGAUCCUCCUCGACAACGAAGCAGGCCUCAUAGAACCGGAACAUGAACUGGAGCGGACAUUCAAGGUCCGGCAGGACGACAUACGGAACGAGGUCAGCAUCGAGACUGCAAAGAAGGGCUUCGAGCUGCGCUUAGAUGCGCUGGGCCCGUACGACGCAUGCGACUACACGCGGAACGGGCGCGAGCUGCUUAUUGCAAGCCGGAAGGGCCAUGUCGCCAACUUCGACUGGAGAGAGGGCAAGGUGGGCUGCGAAUUGCAGCUCGGCGAAACGGUGCGCGACGCAAAGUGGCUGAACAACAACCAGCGCUUCGCUGUCGCGCAGAAGAAAUGCGUCUACAUCUACGCCGGCGACGGCGUCGAGAUCCACCAGCUGAAAAAGCAUCAGGAAGCCACACACCUCGAGUACCUCCCCUACCACUUCCUCCUCGCAUCCAUAUCCACCGCAGGCAUGAUCCGUUACACCGACAUCUCCACCGGCCAGAUGCUGUCUGACCUCCCUACCAAGCUCGGCCAGCCCACCGCAUUCGCGCAGAACCCGUACAACGCCAUUCUCCACGCAGGCCACCAAAAAGGCCUCGUCACCCUCUGGUCGCCCAACAGCCAGACACCUUUGGUCAAGCUGCUCCCCCACCGCAGCCCCGUGCGCGCCAUCGCAGUCGACAAGUCCGGCCGCUACAUGGUCUCCGCGUCGCAAGACCGCCAAAUGUCCAUCUGGGACAUCCGCAUGUUCCGCGAGCUCCACUCGCACCACCUCAAAGCCCCCGCCCAUAGCAUAUCCAUCUCCGACCGCAACCUCACCGCCGUCGGCUGGGGCAGCCACGUCUCCGUCUACAAGCCCGACCUCUUCUCGCUCUCUCCCGAGUCCUCCGUCGUCGUUCCCUCACCAUACCUCAACUGGCAAGGCGACGGCAUGGGCGUAUCGAUGGUGAAAUACUGCCCCUUCGAAGAUGUCCUGGGUAUCUCGCACGCCAAGGGUUUUUCAUCCAUCCUCGUCCCCGGCGCCGGCGAGCCCAACCCCGACUCCCUCGAGCCCGGCACCAACCCCUUCGAAACAACCAAGCAGCGCCAGGAAGCCGAAGUCCACGCCCUCCUCGAGAAACUCCAGCCACAGAUGAUAUCGCUCGACCCGAACUUCGUGGGCAAUCUCGACUUGGCCUCCCACGAACAGCGCGCUGCGGAGAAGGAUCUGGAUGCAAGGAAAGAAGACAAGGUCGAGAAGCUGAAGAAGAAGGCCAGGGGACGGAAUAGUGCGUUGAAGAAGUAUCUGAGGAGACAUGGGCAGAAGAAUAUCAUUGACGAGGAGAAGGUGCGCGCAAGGGAGGCGCUGGCGAGGAACGAUGCCAAGCUGGCCGCAAAGCUGAAGAAGGACCAGGAGAGCUACGGGCCCGCGCUUGCGCGCUUUGCGCGCAAGGCAUAACGGAGGAAGAGAUUUCGGAAAGGCACAAGGAAAAGUGACAGGUUCAGCAUCAGCGCAGGCGUUUGGCGUUUUGCGGAAUGGGAUGGGUUAGCCUGGGAUGGGUGGAAUAUACCCUCUUCACUUACAGAU